AUGAGCACAACAUCACUACCAUCGACCUCGUCGUCGUCGUCGUCGCGCUCGAGCUCGGGGUUCCGAAACCUCCCAAACCAACAUGCCACCGUCUCGCCCCGCCUGGUCUUUACAACCCUCACUCCCAAGGACCUCGCAUUGGGGCCGUACGCCCACCCGUCGACGGGCAAGCCGAUGCACCUGUUCACUCUCGACGACUACAUGGUCUACACGCCGUUCAAGAACGACCACGGGCCACUCAACCUCGCCUACACUUUCGACGCCUGCGUCCGCAUCUUUGACAAGCUCAACGCCAAGGACUACAAAAGGAAGGCACUCUGCCUGUACACGAGCCCCUCGCCAGAACAAAAGUCGAAUGUCGCUCUCAUUGCGGCUCUGUACAGCCUAAUUGUCGACCACCAAGAUCCGUGGGACGCUUUCCAGCCCUUGGCGCACUUUGAGGUGCUUCCCUUCCGCGACGCAGGCAAUGGCGUCAACGAGUUUGGCCUCACGAUCCAGGUGCGGCCCCGUCGUCGUUGUGGCGCUGACGCCCAGGACGUGCUCUACGGCAUGUGGAAGGCACGACAGCAUGACCUGCUCAACCUCCAAGAGUUUGACGCCGACGACUACCGCUACUUUGAGAGAGUCGAAAACGGCGACCUCAACAUCCUGGGUAGCUUUAUCGCCUUUGCCUCGCCCAUGGACCCCGCUUGGAUCACGGCGCACGCCCAGCCGGGCGAGAUACCACAGACCUUUACCUCUUCCCAGACGCGCAUGCUGGCAUCCGCGUUUGACAAGGUCACGUCCAAGUUCUUUGAGGAGGAUGUCGGCCUCGUGGUCAGGCUCAACGACGAGCUGUACAACAAGUCCAGAUUCACGGACGCCAACAUCGAGCAUGUCGACCUCUACUUUGACGACGGAACCAACCCCACCAACGACAUUGUCCGCCAAUUCAUCGCCCUGGCCGACGACAUGAUUAACAACAAGAAGCGCAAGGUCGCUGUCCACUGCAAGGCUGGCCUCGGCAGGACGGGCGUGCUCAUCGGCGCCUACCUCAUCUACAAGUACCAGUUCUCCGCAUCCGAGGUCAUCGGCUUCAUGCGCAUCAUCCGCCCAGGCAUGGUCGUUGGUCCCCAGCAGCGAUACAUGCAGCUGAAUCAGAUGAAGUGGGCAGGAUGGGCCGUGAUGGAUGCCGCGGCAAAGAAUCAAGGCGCAUUAUCGCUGCCCAGCCCUCCUAUGAACCCGAAAGAGGCUCUGCCUGCCACGGAGCCGACCGACACGCCGCGCCCCCUGACCCCCGCAAGGCGUGUCACCGCUACCUCUUCCAAGCACGGCGACGCUAUCGGACAGCCUCGUAAAGGCCCAAAUGGAAACGGCGUGCAGGAGGGUGCUGACGACAUGGUGACUCCCGGACGCCAGGUCAAGUCCACCGCUCCUUCUCCAUCGUCAGCCGACUCGCAGGACGGAUCGGUUCGGGGAAUCAAGCGCGGGUCAGGUCGCUCGCCCGUGCCCCACGUCUUAAGAGGGGAGGCGGCUCAGCCGGUCGUCACGGCUGUUCCUAUUCGCACCGGGCUGGCCCGUUCCGUGUCGAGUGCCAGCUGCAGUUCGACCGUGUCCGAGCUUGACCAGCGAGCCACCAAGCGCCGCCAGGGCGACGCCGUUGCCAAGUCUGGCCUCAGCUCUCCACCACCUAGCCGCGAGACGACUCCCUCGGACGGUUCUACACCCCCGACCUCAUCUUUCCCCAUUGAAGAGACCCCCGAGCCCCUCACGACACCUCGCCAGACUCUCAGCCAGCUCUCGUCUCGUCCAGAGACACCACCCACGAUAUCUGCUCGAGCCGACGGCAUCCGUCCUGUCCGCAGCUUGAUCCCUUGCCGCGGGACUGUCCUGAACAAGGACGGCAUCGCCGUCAGCUCGCCCCCACACUCUCCUUCACGCAUGACUCGUUCGAAAUCCACUAAUGUUGACGGCCAGUUUGCCGACGCCGACACCCUUCCCACCUCUUCGUCGACUGGCAGCAUCUCGGCACGCAUGAAGCUGCCCUCGUCGCGCCUCAUCAUCCCUGCACAGUCGUGGCAGGCUGUGGCGCGCAUGGGCGCUGGCACAAACGCUUGACGCGCUACGACCCACCAUUGCAUCUUUCCAGCACUGUCCAUGACCUUUCACGCGAGGUGGACCACUCACCUUGCCCCCCUCACCUCAUCAACCCAAGCAAAUCACGACACGAACGACCCAUCCGAACCCUUUUUAUUGUGCAUGUUGACCGCGUCCAGCGCGACAUUAUUGUAGAUAGUAGUGGAGUGGCGACGUGAUGUCGAUGCAAG